UUAUAAACAGCUAGAUGGCACAGUAAGGACCAUCAGCAGUUGGGUGACUAGAGAAGACAGACGUCCAGCUCAAGAAUAUCCAGACAGGUUUGCUGUCAGAACUGAAUGUGUAAAACCAUUACAGUUUCUGUAUCAAGUGUCAUCUCCCUCCAUCCAGGAUACGCUGUGUACCAUGGCCUCUCUCUCUCUGUCCCUGGGACUGCUGGUGCUAUGCACCCUGGCUCUUGUACACUGUGACCUGAAUGGCGGCCCUGUCAGAGUGUAUGAUAUUCAUGCCUCCAACCUGAAACGAUGGCUAUUCAUAAAACCAAGCCCUUACGUCAAGGUGUGGUGCGGUUCAUCCUUUCAUGGCAAGAGCAACACUCUGGAGAAACAGGAAAACCCUGUCUGGCCUGGCGAGUUCAACUUUGCUAACAUCCUUCCCAAUGCUGUCCUGACGCUGGAGGUGUGGGAUGAUGUCAUCGGACUAGAUCACCACAUGGGAACCUGCAAAAUCACCAUCCGCCCGGGAACACACAGUGAGACCUGCCAGCUGAAGAGAGGCACCGUCUACUACUCCUACAGCUACGGCUACGUCUACAGUUACUAGAUGGAACAGUUUGAUGAUUAGAUUGUAACCUAUGACCUUUGUCACCCUUUCACUCAUGUAUUAAUUUCCUUGUAGCAUUAAAAAAACAUGCUUCAUA